ACCGGCCUUUGCCGCCCGGGUGGAACUCCUAUCCGGCUUUGCUCGGUCUAGGUUCCUUCGUGUGCCAUGGCUCGGGACUCAGGUCCCCUUCCUGAAGGACCUCUCUUAAGACUCCUACCCUUAGACACUAGGGACCGAGACACCCAGCGCUGUCGCCUGGGCCCGGCAGCCUUCCGUGUCUUGGGUGCGCACUUGGGCUCGGCGGUGAAGAUAUCGCUGCCUGACGGCGGCUCCUGCCUUUGCACUGCUUGGCCGCGGCGAGAUGGAGCGGACGGGUUUGUGCAAUUGGAUCCGAAGUGCGCGAGCCCCGGGUGGGCAGUCGGGGCGCCGGAGUUCCAAGGGAAUCUCAGCCUGAGCCACCUCCGCCUGGUGCCCUGCCCGCCCCUUCGGCGCCUCACUGUGUGGCCGGAGUUGCGGGAGCGGGCGGGCGCGCCUGGUGCUCCAAAUCCAGCCGCGGUCCUGGAGGCAGCACAGGAGCUUUUGCGGAACAGGCCGGUCUCCCAGGGACACGUGGUGGCCGCCAGCCCCGGCGUCCCCGGCCCGGUGGCCGCCCUGCAUAUCGUCAGCGGGGUGCCUAGUCCGGAUCCUGCUGGGCUGGUCACUCCUCACACCCUCAUCGGCCUCAGCAGCAAGCCUCCGUCCGUAGCGCAGUCGCAGCCCGAGGUGCCUUUGGGGGGCCUUUCGGAGGCGGCCGACUCGCUGCGAGAGCUCCUCAGCCUGCCGCUCCUCUACCCCCGCGCCUUGGCCACUUUGGGGCUAGCAGUGCCCCGUGGGGUGCUCCUGGUGGGUCCCCCCGGAGUGGGCAAGACCCAGCUAGUGCGGGCGGUGGUCCGGGAGACGGGCGCGGAGUUGCUGGCAGUGAGCGUCCCUGAGCUGCAGGGCGCCCGGCCGGGGGAGACAGAGGAGAACGUGCGGCGGGUCUUCCAACGCGCCCAGGAGCUGGCCAGCCGCAGGCCCACUCUUCUCUUCCUGGACGAGGUAGACGCUCUGUGUCCGCGGCGGGGCGGCCCACACCAAGCCCCGGAGAGCCGCGUGGUGGCCCAGGUGUUGACGCUGCUAGACGGCAUCAGCGGGGACCGCGAGGUGGUGGUGGUGGGAUCCACAAACCGUCCGGACGCGCUGGACUCGGCGCUGCGCAGACCCGGGAGAUUUGACCGAGAGGUUGUCAUUGGGACUCCCACACUUAAACAAAGAAAGGAGAUUCUGCAGGUGAUUACCUCAAAGAUGCCCAUCUCUCCUCAAGUCAACUUGAGCCUCCUUGCGGAAAUGACAGUCGGCUAUGUUGGUGCAGACCUGAUAGCACUCUGUAGGGAGGCUGCCAUGCUCGCUCUGCUUCAUGGUGAGAAGAACCAGGACAAUCCAAUGAUUGAUGAAACAGACUUCCUUGAAGCUUUUAAAAAGAUUCAGCCUUCAUCAUUUCGAAGUGUCAUUGGGCUGAUGGACAUCAAACCUGUUGGCUGGGAGCAGAUUGGUGGCCUUGAAGAUGUGAAACUGAAGUUAAAACAGAGCAUCGAAUGGCCUCUGAAAUUCCCGCAUGAAUUUGCUAGGAUGGGCCUGCCACCACCAAAGGGCGUUCUCCUCUGUGGCCCCCCUGGAUGUGCUAAAACCACCCUGGUGCGGGCCCUGGCCACCAGCUGCCGUUGCUCUUUGGUUUCUGUGAGUGGAGCUGAUCUCUUUUCACCUUUUGUUGGAGACUCAGAAAAACUCUUGUCUCAGGUGUUUCGACAAGCAAGAGCAAAUACUCCAGCAAUUGUGUUUUUGGAUGAAAUUGAUUCAAUCGUGGGCGCUCGAUCAGUCAGCAGCACAGGAUGUGGUGUUCAAGAGCGUGUUCUUUCUGUUCUCCUGAAUGAAUUAGAUGGUGUUGGCCUGAAAACUAUGGAGAGAAGAGGAAGUAAAUCAGAUCAACAGGAGUUUCAGGAAGUUUUUAAUCGAAAUGUCAUGAUUGUUGCGGCAACAAAUAGACCGGAUGUGUUAGAUGAUGCCCUGUUACGGCCCGGAAGGCUGGACAAGAUUAUUUGUGUUCCACCUCCAGAUGCAGAGGGCAGGCUUUCCAUUUUGAAAGUCUAUGCAGAAAAGAUGCCAGUGGGGCCUGAUGUUUCCUUAGAAAGCCUAGCUGCAGAAACCCUCUUUUUCUCUGGGGCUGAUCUUGGAAACCUCUGCAAAGAAGCUGCCUUGUUGGCUCUGCAAGAAAAUGGACUAGAAGCAACCGCUGUGAAACAAGAGCACUUUCUAAAAUCACUUCAGACUGUAAAGCCGUCCUUAAGUCACAAGGAUUUGACUUCAUAUAAAAACUUAUUUCAGACACAAGAAUUUUCUAAUUUAGAGGAUAUUUAAAAAGCAUAUACCUGCUCAAAGAUUAAUUGAAAUGUGAACUUGAACUACAGUUUGCAACUUCACAGUUUUACAGUUUGUACAUGUUAUUUCUUGUAAAUAAAACAAACUUGUGCCUGAUAA